UCCCGCAGCUGCCGCCGGAGGCUGUCGUUCUCCCGCCGGGUCCUGGCCGUCUCCUCCCGGUACUCCGUCACCGUGUCCUCCACCACGUCCAGGAUCUCCUUCACCACCGCCGUCAGCCGCUCCGUCAGAAUCUCAGCAGGUUGGAACAGAAUAAGGUGCAGCAGCUCGACCACCGUGAACCAAUGCCAUACAGGAAACCAGCUCGUCUUCCUCCAAACUGUUGUCUGAUCUGACCUGGACCUGGACCUGGACCUGCACCUGGACCUGGACCUAGACCUCCUGCUGCAGAGACACAAUGAACAGCAGCCUGCAGCUUCCUGUCCACUAGGACCAGAGAUCUCCCUGCCGUCCGCUGUCCUUCAACACUUCGUCUUCACCGUCUCAUGGCCGCCAGUCCCGCCGCCGCCACCCAACCGCCCAGCAGCAGCAUGGAGGAGUCCCAGCAGCCAGACCAGCCAAUCGGCACGCAGCAGGAAGGAGCGGCCGGCCACGGCACCGUGACCUCUCAACCGACCGGUGCGGAGCGACAAGCCCCGCCCCCGACGACAGACGCCAAUCAAAUGGAGGACAUGGAUCACCUGACAGUGAUCGCUGACAACAUGGAGACCAGUAACGGCGUCGGUCCCGUGAUGGUGGACUCGUCUCCCACAGUGUCCUCUGUGUCGCCCAUGCUUCACGCCAAGCUCGGCGGCCACGUCAAUGGGCGGCCUGGUUUGAGCAGCCGGUCCGGCUCGCUGGCGGCGGGCUCCCCGAGGCCCUCGCUCACCCGCCGGCCCAGCGCCAUCACAGAGGCCACUGUGGACGGGUCCAAGCCCAGGGACUACCUGAUCCUGGCCAUCCUGUCCUGCUUCUGCCCGCUGUGGCCCAUCAACAUCGUAGCGCUCACCUUCUCCGUCAUGUCCCGAAACAGCCUGCAGCAGGGCAACGUGGACGGCGCUCGCCGUUUGGGCCGUAACGCCAUGGUUCUGUCCGUCGUGUCCAUCUUGGGAGGGAUCGCCAUCAUCGCUGCCGGCAUCGCCCUCAACUGGGGAUUGAUUUUAAAAUCCUGAUUAAAAUGGCGACACCGACUUCACGACCCGACCCGACCCGACCCGACCCGACCCGACACCGACCCGACACCGACCCGACGCCACCCGACACCGCUCUCCCUCCGACUUCCUGAAGCACUAUCGUUCUCAAGCGCCUGCACCGGAUGAAAAACUAAGUCUGUUCCUGUUGUUUGCUGUUGUUUCUCGCUGCACGACGAGCAUGGUCCGCCUGGCGCUCUACCUCCGACACCCUCCGACUCCGACACCCACCGACACCCACUGACACCCACCGACACCCACCGACACCGAGGAAAGGAUGAUCACAUGAUGCUCAUUUCAUUCUGUGGUAGCAGCUUAUCUCCUCCUUCAGACCGCUCUCCGUUGUCAUGGAAAUGGAUGUCUGUCUCUAUGGAAACGGGAUUAUUCAGACCUCUAAGUGAGUCGACAGGUCCAGUGAUGGUCACGCUGGGUUUCCACCUUCUUGAUGCCAAAUAAUGAGAAACUUGGUGUUUAUCUGAGACGCUGCUGCCGGUUCGACCGGCCGGCAGAGUCUUUGUGCUGUGAGAGGGACUCGUGUUUCGUUCUCCAGCUGUUCCUGUUGCUGUGAUUGGAGGAUGGACGUGGCCCUGGACGUGGAUGUGGACAUGGACGUGAACGUGAACGUGAACGUGAACGUGGACGUGGCCCUGGACGUGAACGUGGACGUGGACAUGAACGUGGACGCUCACGAUGCUGCUGAAGUCCUGAUGUCACUUCUUAUCUAGCUGCUGGUUCACAACAAAGUCAGGUUUUCUUUCAAUUCUUCUGGGUUUCACUCUCCAUAUUCUAAUAGAUGAUCUAAAACAGACAUGUUAGUUAACGGGUAAAGCUGCUGAUAUCUGCUGCUCGUGCUCCACGUUCAGACCCAAACCAGCACAGAGCUUUAACAACACUAAUAUACAGUUUCAUCAGUAAUUCACUAAACCAGCUGUAGUAUGUAUCAACCAACAAGAGGAAAUAGGGACUUUGUCUGGGACUAUUUUCAGCAGCGGAUGAAUCCUCGUGUGGUGCUGUAGUGAGUGUUAGUGUGAGCAGGACGGUGUGUUAGUGUGAGCAGGACGGUGUGUUAGUGGGACUGAGUCAGAGUAAACUACAGUGUGUGUUCAUGGUGAUGAAGGAACAUGUCACCCAUAUUUUACUACUUAUUUUUGGACAUGUUUCACCUAUUUUACUAAUGAUUUUCAGAUGUUUUUCCACAUAUCUCUUGGACAUUUUUCACUAAUGUUUUCCACAUAUAUAACUAAACAUUUUAGCAUCUUUUUUGACAUUUUUUACCAUUUUUUUUCACCUAUUUACCAAUAAUUUUAGCAUAUUUUUCACAUAUUUUUCAAAUUAUUUUUGGAUAUUUUUUCGACAUUUUUCAAUAAAGUUUUUCACAUUUUACUGAUAAUUUUAGCAUAUUUUUUUUUUGACAUUUUUGACAAUGUUUUUCACCUAUUUACUAAUAAUGUUCAGAUAUUUUUCACAGAUUUUUCUGGGUUUUUUGGACAC